AUGACAGAAUAUUGUGAUCAAAUUGUGACAUCUUAAAUCAUAAGCGAUGUAAUAAAACGAGGGCCGAUACUGGAAACAAAAUCGAUGUCCUACAAAGUAUAACACAAAAGUACUGAUACUGAACCUCAUUUGUAAUUAUAACAUAAUUUAUUUUGAAUGUUUUAGAGCUUGGGAAACAGUUAAAUACACAUUCGAAAUUAUCAAAACAGAUUUGAUUCAUGGUAUAGAAGAAAACCAUAUAUUUACAAGAAGGUAUAACUUAUAUAAUAUGAAGAUAUUCGCAUUUUGAAUGGCUACAAAAUGAGUUAGAAACUAAACAUAUCGGAAGAAUACUACCAAGUUUGCCAGAAAAAACCCAAAAUUAUGAUAAAGAUAAAAGGUAAAUGUAUGUUCUAAACAAUAGAAAAUAUGAAUUUAUAUAUUAUAUGUAAAAGUUAUUAGAUCAUAAAUUAUUAAGAAAUUCGGAUGUUUUACAGAAAUUCAUUAGCAAAGAAUAUAAGGUAUUUAUUCAGUUAUUAACAUAGGAUUUCAAUGAUUUUUAAGAAUACAUUAAUAAACUUAGCGAUUAAAAUACAUUCAUUAAUAGAAUAAUGAACACAGGAGUUACUUUUGUUUCACUUUUUUAAAAAUGCGUGAGUUUUGGAUCUUCUACAAUCUUGCCAAGAGUGCCUGAUAAAUAGGACUUAUAUUUUGAUGAAAGUAAACAUUUUUUUUUAAUCUUGAGUUUUGAAAGAACUUUAAUCAAGCAAAUAAUAGACUGAAAUGAUAUAUUCAGAUUUGUAAAAAAUAGUCUAAAAAUUAUAUAUUCAAUCCAAAUCACUGAUAAUUAGUCAAGAAAUUUUCAGUAAGCCAAUUCAAUUUAUUGUAGUAACUGAAUGUUAACAAAAUGAUGAAUUCAUGAAAUUAAAAAGGAUAACAAAAAUAUAUGAAAAUUUUUAAAUAUAACUAAAGGAGACAUUUAUUUAUCGACUAGAAACCUGCAUUAGAGAUUACCUUUAGGCUUUGAAAAUUAUUAAUGAGUACAGAGAAUUAAAAGAUCAAAUUCAUAAAGAUUCUUAAUAAAUUAAUAAUAUUAAUAUCGGAAAAUCAAAGUUGGAGGAACUCAAAUAUACCUUAAGCAAUAAUAAAUAAAAGAUUGAAUAGAUAUACACCAACUUUUUAGAUGAUCUUCCAAUAUUCAAAUAAACAUAGUAAUUGUAUUUAAAAGAUAUCUAAUCAAAUUUUCACUCAGAACUGUCAGCGUUCUAUUUUACACUAAAAAACUUAAAAUAAUUAUGA